AUGGAAAGUUUCGAGAAACCGUAUGACCUACGGGCGGGUUACAUCUGCAUCGGGCUGAAAUGCGUCUUGGUUCACACCUGCUCGCGUGGAUUUCGCGCAGUCGUCAGUGCGUUAAAAGAAUUUCUCUAUAACGAAACUACAUUUUGCCUGUUCCCCAAACUUGCUGAUGACGUGGUUCGUUUUUUAAACGUCUUUUCCUCGAAGGCUGGAUUUACGAUAGACACGUGCAGCAGAUACGCAGCCGAGCAGAACAUGGGCGCCAAACUAGUUGCUACACGUCAUUGGCAGCGUGGAGACAAAAUAGAGCGUCUUUGUGGAGUAAUUAGCGAGCUAAACGACCAAGAAGAAGAGCAGAUUUUGCGACCUGGAUUGAACGACUUUUCCGUUAUGUACAGCAUGAGGAAAAGGUGUGCUCAGUUAUGGUUAGGUCCAGGGGCGUAUAUCAACCACGAUUGCCGUCCUAGUUGCCGUUUCGUACCAAAUGGACAUACUGCCUGCAUUCAAGUUUCACGUGAUCUGAAGCCUGGUGAAGAAAUCACAUGCUUUUAUGGUGAGGACUUUUUCGGAGAAGGUAAUGAAAACUGUGAAUGCGUCACAUGUGAGCGUCGAGGAAAGGGCGUAUUCGCUAGUCGAGAGGAAAACAGCGACAACGCUUCAAGGACUAGCGUAGACUUGGAUGAUGCGCAUUCAACACAGCAGAAGUAUGGCUUGCGCGAAACAGAUUCGCGUCUUUGUCGAUCUACUGCUGCUAGGUAG